CCCAUCCAUGUGCAUUCUGUAUUUCUUUUCCCUUAAAAAACAAUUGGUCAGCACUCAGCAGGCAGGCGCAACUCAACUCUCACUCCCUCACUCACAUCAAACUCCAUACAUCUUUGACCCCUCUCUCAAAUCUCAAUUCUCCUCCUCUACUCGGGAUCGGGAUCGGGAUCGGGAUCGGGAUGAUAAGAUCAUCGCUCAUCCUCAAUUUCACUUCGCCGCUCAUGCUAAAUCCAAUUCAUUCUCUUAAAUCCGCAAACACGGCCUUCUCCCAACACAAAGUUGGCGUCCCCCCAUUCUUCAGACUUACCAAACUAUUCUCGUCUUAUUCCAUUUCCCCAAACGGCGGCGAUGAAGGCCCCCGCAGGGAUUCUGUUCAACCACUCAGGAUUCCCACCCACUGGAUGGAUCCUUCAAGAGCUGCUGAGGAAUCAAAAUGGCUUAGAGUGAACCUUCAAAAAUGGUUGGAUGACGAGUACUGCCCCGAAGCCACUAAUAUAGAAAUAAGCAGAAUUGCUGCCGACUCAUACUACAGAUCGCUGGUGGAAGGAAGUGCUGAUUUAGGAGAGAUAUUGUUAAAAAUGGCUGUGGAGUUGGAAUCAAUAUCAUACCAGGAGAGCUUCCAUGGAGCAUUCUCCUCCGCAAAUGCUGCAGUGAGUCUUAUUGUUGAUCGAGUUAUGCUGCUGGAGUAAUUCAUUUUGGCUUGGCUUGGCCCUUGGUCUGUACAGUAGUAAGUAGAGGUACUUUGAAUGAACAAUGCAGACUAGGAAGGACCGGACCGGACCAAGUGUCUGAUUAGAUUGUUUCAUGGGGUGAGGCUCCCGUAACUUCUUCGAUGGGAGGGAGGGAGGGAGGGAGCUGCUCCUAGUGUCUGAUCAGUUGUAUUUGUAUUUGUAAAGAUAUUUGCAUUUUUAUUUGUAUUUGUGGGUGCUCCGCUCCAGUAAAUGGUGGUUUGGUUUGGUGCUUUUAAAUAUAUAAGGUGUCUGUCUGUCUGUUUGAGGCCAAGGAGUGUAUGGUAUAUAAGGACAUAUGGUCGAGGCCCUAAAUAAAUAGUCGCUCAGAGUGGAACCAACUAUUGAGACUAUUUACUAAAAACAUGAUGAUUCCUAUUCAAGUGUCAGUUUGGGAGACGAGCUGGCUGUCUGUCUGGGUCAUCAUCUUCUUCUUUUACUAGUUGCUCGUGCUGCUGCGCCUUCCUGCCUAGAGUAGAGGCCCAGGCUCGACAGUCUUGUCUUAGCCACGAGUGUAGAGCAUGCUUAGACACGUUGCUACUCUUUUAUUUAUUCACCAUGGCAGUUGUUGGACGAUAUAGAUGAAGGCUUCACCAAAAAGCUUAAUCGAUUGAAUCGAGCAAUUUCUGCAACAGCAAUGCAAUGUAAGUGGAACAUGGUAAGCUGAUCCUCUUUCGGGCAGCUGCAUUUUCUCAUUUCAAAAGAUGCAUUAACAGAAAGAGAGGGGAUACACCCAAUCAAUCAAUCACUCACUCCCCCUCCAGUCAGUCCCAGCCAGGAUCACAAAAUUCUUUUACACGUAACAACACCUCACUCAGCACUUCAUUCAUUCACUCUCUCUCCCCUCCACACAUGAUCUGGCAAAUGCACAUCGGCAAUGCUGCAGAA